AUUGUGCUGCUCACAUCUGCUAGCACCUCAUGUCAGACAGCAACGGAUCAUAACAGAAUAACAAGUUAACCUUUACACAGUUUGUUUUUCUUUUUGUUUUGCUCUUGACUGGAAACAGAUUCAGCAAGAUGAAGGGGACUCAAACUUUGUAUCUGCUUUAUAUCUCAGGAUUUUGCUCCUUCGCACUGGGAUCUUCAGAUUUUCACCUUAUAAACGUGUCUAAGACCUAUGCAGAAGCAAAGGCCUACUGUAGAGCGAUGUACACAGACUUAGCUACUAUUCAUAACUCAACAGAUAUGAAUAAUUUGAUCAGUUUAGUUUCAAAUGACGUUAUCAGAGCCUGGAUAGGACUGGAGGCUGGAGAUGAGUGGAUGUGGCAUUGGUCCUGGCCUGAUCAAAAACUGGAUUAUUUUAACUGGAAGAAGGGAGAACCAAAAACAAAUAAUAAAGACGCCUGUGCAGAAAUGGAUCAACAUGGCAAGUGGAUUGAAAGUGACUGUAGAACUGGAAAAAGUUUUGUUUGUCAUGGCAACAGUGAUGACAGUGCUCUCAAAUUUGUUGCUGAGGCCAAAUCAUGGAGGGAUGCUCAGAAUCACUGCAGAAGCUUGUCGUCUGAUCUCAUCAGCAUACACUCAGCAAAGGAGAAUGCGGCAGUACGUAAUGUGUCUUUGUCACAAAAUGUGUGGAUUGGCCUCUUCAAAGAUCCCUGGAAGUGGUCUGAUGGGAGCAAUUCAUCAUUCCGGUUUUGGAAACCCUAUAAACCAAGUAACUUAGAAGAUCAGGACUGUGUUCUUGCUGCGUUCAGAGACGGAGGGAAGUGGAAUGACCGGAAAUGCAGCAUCACGCCCAAAUUUGUUUGUCGUGGGGCAAGGAAAUCAAUUCCAACAACCACCAAUCAAACAAGCACAAGUACCCUUCCGAUCACUUCAGAGGUCACGACAACAUUACAUCUGACUGUGGCUACUGAGAAUCAAACCCCGGCUAUUAACGUCACCAUGGAAGAAGCAACAUCUACCGGUGGACUGACAGCACCAAAUACCACAGAUCUUGUGUCAAAUAUGUCAAGCACUGAGCUCAACAAUGCAACAACAGAAAUGUCAACUACAACAGCAACACAGCAACCUUCCACAACUACUGCACGAGUUACUACAGACAGUGUCUCUACAUUAACAACACUGAUGGGGACUUCGGCCUUGACCACUACACAGGCCUCGACCACUACACAGGCUUCGACUCUAAAGCCCACUGAAAACAGUCAAAGCUUGUCUCCAGGAAACCUGAUAUUAAUCCAGGAAAAUAUGACAUGGAUUGAAGCUCUGGGUUACUGCAGGGAGCACCAUACUGACCUUGUCCACAUUACCGCUGAGGACAUUCAGGGGAAGGUGGCUGAAAAGGCAAAGAACGCCACAUCCCCCCAUGUUUGGUUAGGUCUACGCUACACUUGUAAAUUUAAGUUUUGGUUCUGGACUGAGUCAACUGCUGGCUGUUACCAGAACUGGGCCCCGGGACAAGGAUCUGAGGGGGAAUAUGACUGUGGUGUUACAGGUGCUAUUGAGGCCACUGGGAGGCAGCAGUGGGUCGGCUUGCCUGAGACAGAGAAACUGAAUUUCAUCUGCUACACAUGUGCUGGAUGAGUGUGGAGGGCCAGACCACAGUGUUGUUGCUGCAGCUCUCAUAAAGCUGUAUGGACAAACUACACAUUUGUUCUGGUUAUGCAAACUUUGCUGUUUCAAAAUGAUAUAUAUAUUUUUGCAAUUGUGGAUUCAACAUUAAAUACAAUGUUUUUCACAAUUUAA